AUGCAUUUCUUCUUGCAGGUCAUUGCGGAGAGCCUAUCUGAGGAAGAAAUUGCUGGCCUGAAAGAAAUGUUCAAGAUGAUGGACACAGACAACAGUGGUCAAAUUACUUUCGAAGAACUCAAAGCCGGAUUAAAGAAAGUUGGUGCUAAUCUUAAGGAGUCUGAAAUUUAUGAUCUAAUGCAAGCAGACAUUUUAGGUACAAUUAGUGCUACAUUCCUCAAUCUCUCUACGAGUGUUUAUCUUCUCAAACUUUUUAUACUCAUACACAAGAUAAACUAG